AUGGGAAAAGAUAAAAUCUUUUUAGGUAGCUGGAUCAAACUAAUUUUACUGAUAUGCUGCACAUACUUAUCUGAGGCUGAUUCAUCGUGCGAUCAAGAUCUUUGCGCGGAUUGUGUUGGUGCGACAGCAUUUCAGUGCAAAACUUGCAAAACCACUCCAAGCAGAACAAUCAUUCUUAACAAUGUGUGCUUGCCUAAUUGUCCUUAUGGGUUUCCUGCAAGUCCCUCUUGCACACUGAAUCCAAAUGCAGUUGUUGAUGCUACUUUUGAUCAAAGCACAUUUAGCGGGUCAUACGGCCCUUUUAUAACAGGGACAAGCUCUUCAACUUAUCACUUUUUUUGAAGCCCAGAAACUGUAGAUCCAAUCCCAUCUUAUCAGCAAGGAUUAUAUUUUAGUGAAGGCAAGUAUUUAUCAACCUCAAGCAGCUUUUACCCAAAUUAUAAUGUUGCAUUUUGCUUAUGAUAUAAACCAGUAAGUAGCUCCAAUGAUCUCUUAUAUAUAAAGCCUGGAAGCGGUAGUGAAAUUUUAAGAGUAAAUAGCCAAGGUGGGCUAAGACUUGUUUUAGAGCAAAAUAGUGGUAUCCAAGGAAGCACAGUGAAUACUGGCAAUAAUCCCAAUACAUCAAACAACUUAUGAUUUUUUCUUUCAUACACAGUAACAUAUACUUCAUCUAAUGGAGAUACCACAAUGGUUCAAUAUUUGAACACUGCCAUCGAUCAUACAACUACUGCAGAUGAUCAGCUACUCAGAUGAUAUAUGGCAGGAACGCAAACACUUAUUAUUGGAAAAAGUCCAAAUGGAAACUUUAAUGGGUGGGUCUAUAAUUUUAAAUUUUGAAAUACAAAUUAUUCAGGAUGGGCUGAAGAAUACAGCACUGUCUGUGGAUCUGGAACGAAUUCUUGCUUUGUUAACUGCGCUUUUAAUAAAUUUUGGGAUGGGUCAAAUUGCCAAAACUGCCCAAUCCAAUGCACGAAUGGGUGUAUUUCCAAUAAACAUUGUAAUUGUCAUGAUUCUCUUUGUGGUGUUUGCACAGGAUGGGGCUCAGGAUUAUGCAGCUCAUGCCUUGAGCAUGCUUCUGGAGGUGGAGCAAUUCCAUGCUCUUGCAAUCUAGGAUAUUUCAACUCAGAUGGUUUUACUUGCACAAGCUGCCCAACUGGGUGUGCUACCUGCAAUGGGACUAAUUAUUAUGAAUGUAGUUCUUGCUUAUCAGUUUACUACUUUUUAGCUUCAAUGUGCCUCGGUUCAUGCCCUUCAGGAUACAUCCAAGACCCUAUCAACCAUUUCUGCAUUUUAUCAACGAAUAACCCGAUCUCUCUUACUCUUCAAAAUAAAAUUAUUCUUGAUAAUAUUAGCGGAUUUACUGUAGGAGAAUCCAAUACAAAUUUAUAUCCAAUUUGGGAUCUAUCUGACCCAGUUCCUUCAAUUGGUAGAGGUUAUCACUUUUCAAGUGGAUCAUAUAUGACAUAUCCUACAUUGACAAUAUCCUCUUAUUUCACUGUUAAUAUAUGAAUUAUGCCUUCAGGGUCUGGAAAUGUGGCAACAAAAUUUAGCUCAUCUGCUUAUUUUCUCCUUUCUUUUACUUCAGAAGGGUAUCCUUCUCUUCAGCUAAAACUCCAAGAUACCUCUACAAUUACUCUCAUAUAUCCAGCUUACUAUUUUAACCAGUGGCAUAAUAUAGCUUUUACUGGAUCAAUAAGUUCAACUGGAAACACUAUAAUAUCAUUAUAUGCAGAUGGAUUAUUUCAAUCUUCAAAGACUUCAGAUAAUAAAUCGCCAUUUAUAGAUGAAGGAACUCUUUAUAUUGGAAAUCAGGCAAGCUUGAAUGGAUUUACUGGGUUUUUGUGAAGCUUAAAAGCAUAUAAUGCUGAUUCUUUUUAUUAUGCUGAAUGAAAAACAGAUGGCUGUGUUGGCGGAUGCCAUAUGUGUCCUACAGAACUGCUUUGUCCUGAUACCUGUAGCUUUGGAUCGUUUCGAUAUGAUGGAAAUUGUACUGAAUGUAGUAGUGCUUGUGCGUCACAUGGGUGUAGAAGUCAAGAUACCUGCACUCUUUGCAAAUAUAAAGAAUGCCUUGCUUGCACUUCAUUUGAUGGGGUUUGCACUAAAUGUAUAGAAAAUGCUAGCUUAUCAGAAGGUAUUUGCUCGUGCAAUUCUAAUGCAUUUUGAGAUUCUUCAUCUCGGUCGUGCCUUUUAUGCGACUAUUUAUGCUCUGCAUGCACUUCGAGGAUUGCUUGCAACACCUGCAAAGGAUCAGCAGUUCUUAUUGGAGGUAUGUGUUUGAAUGCAUGUCCUUAUGGGUUUACUGCAAAUCCAUGCACGGCCGUCUCUUCGGAAGUCAUAGAUAUAGGAUUUGAUACUAACUUUCAAGGCGCAUACGGGAUUUUCAAUACGUCAAGCUCAUCUCUAACUUUUCAAUUUUGGGACAACCCUGAUUCCUAUGAUCCUAUUCCUGCUUAUAAAAGAGGUCUCUAUUUUUCAGACGGAAAGCAUUUAGUUACAAGCAAUAGCAUUUAUUUAAGCCACACUUUUUCUAUGGGUUUAUGGAUUUAUGUAAUAACUUCAGGUGAUAUCCUUCAAAAGCAAAACAGCUUUUUAUUUAAUUCAUCAGGCUCUUUAACAGCAACAUUAGAUAAUUUUACUAUGAGUGCAGUUACUGCAUUAACUUUACCAUUGUCUGAAUUUUCAGGCUGGACCUAUCUCUCUUUUACUAUUCUUUUUGCUGAAGGAGUAACAACUAUUACUGUUUAUAAAAAUGGUGCUACUGGACAAAAAGCUAAUCCGGGAAACUAUCUUUAUAGAGAGCCAAGCUCUGAUUUGUUAUAUAUAGGCAAAAGUGCUUCGAACUCAACCUUUUCUGGAUUUAUUUAUCAAUUUAGCUUAUGGAAUAUCGCGAUCACAGAUUUUUCAACAAAAUUGUUAAUUCCUUGUGGGACAAGUUUGGAUACUUCUUGUCUAUGAAGUUGCCCUAUUUCCCACUAUUACAAUGAAUCAUCUUGCGUAUUAUGCCCUAGCACCUGUACUCAUAUCGGGUGCAGAACUGAAAAUUCAUGUAAUCUUUGUGAUGAUCCAUUUUGUUCAAAAUGCUCAGGUUUUGGGCCUAAUUUAUGUACUUUGUGCGUGGCGCACGCUUCAAAAGGGCCAACAACUCCUUGUUCAUGCGACAUCAACUAUAUAUUGUUUCCUUUCAAUAUGGCAUAUUUAUGCAUUUUGGCUUGCUCAGACAUUAUUGGAUGUGCAGGGUGUUCUGGGUCUAGGUAUUAUCAGUGCUCUUCAUGCUUGGAAAAUUAUUUUUAUUUGAAUGGAUUAUGUCUGAGCUAUUGCCCAACAGGAUACUCUCAGGAUUUCAUCAACCAUCAAUGCAUUUUGUCAUCAGUUACAGCACUUUCACUUUCCUUGCAAAGUUUAAUUAAACUUAAUACAGUAAGUGGCUUUACUGUCGGAUCUUCAAGCUCCAACAAUUAUCCAUUAUGAACAGAUUCAGCAGACCCUAUACCCUGCAUCAAUAGAGGCUAUUAUUUUACCACUAAAUCUUCAAUGUCCCUCGACUCACUAAUUAUUUCUCCUUUCUAUACAAUUUCAAUAUGGGCUAAACCUGUGACUCAAGGAAAUCUCUUUCUUAAACUUAAUGGAUCUGCUGAAGUAUUCAAGAUUAGUUUUACCGCUUCGCUCGGACCUAAAAUUACUCUUGUUUUAAAAGACUUGUCAGAAAUUUCUACAGAAUUAUCUAAUUCUUAUCAGAAUAGUUGAUACAAUUAUGCUUAUAGAGGCAGUGUAUAUUACGGACUUUAUAGAACAUGGUUGAAUAUAAACAAGCAAUUGAAAUCAAAUCACAUCUCAAAAAGCAUGUCUCCUUUCAUUGACUCUGGGUCAUUAUAUAUUGGGUAUUCAAAUGGAGCUGAUAGUUUUGUUGGAUUUUUAUGAGGCAUAAAAGUAUUUAAUGGAAACACUCAUUAUAAUGACGAAUGAAUAGAAACUGGCUGCUCUUGAUCUUCUGAAGUAAUUUGUCCUGAUGAUUGUGCUUUUGGCACUUUUAAUUCAUCUGGAAUUUGCGUUGCUUGCCCUAAUUCUUGCUCAACUCAUGGGUGCAGGAGCUUGGAGACUUGCAGACUUUGCAAAGCCAAGGAAUGUGUUUCAUGUUCGUCCUUUGAUGGAGAUUGUACAGCUUGCAUACCGAAUGCUAACUUAAUUAAUGGGACCUGCUCUUGCAAUUCCAAUGCUUUUUGGGUUCAAUCUUCAGAAUCCUGUGAAGUUUGUGACGAUCUUUGUACUACAUGCUCCUCUACUAUCUCUUUUGAAUGCACUAAUUGCACAAGCAAUAAAGCAUUAGCUGGUAAUAUUUGCUUGCACGAGAACCCCUACAAACCUAAGCUUUAAUUAAUUAUAGUAAAAUUUUGAAGUCCUAAAAUAGCAUUUCUUUUUCUCUAUUACUUUUUUUUGCUUGAUGACAUUUUGAGAAGAUUUGACUAUUGUCUUAAUUUAGGAUAUAGAUGAUGAAUUCUGAGCACUCAUAGGGUUUUUAUAUCCUCGUGGCAGAACAUAGACUUUAAUCUAUUAUCUGAUGUACUUUAGGAAAUAAAACUUCAUUCCAGCUAUAUGUCUAAAAACUGCAAAGGCUGUUUAAGAUAAGCAUAAUCUUUUUAAAGAAUUCCAAAGCCCCGAAAAAGUUGUUAGCUACUAGCUACCUGACAUAAUAUUUGCACUAAAAACCUACAGCAAGCUCAUCUAUAAUUGAUCAAAACUUUGAUAAUCAAUUUUAAAUGAAAGAUUAUCAAAUUUUUAAGAUCUCUUGGCCUUUUAAUUCUUUAUUAUAGUCAUAUGGUUUCUUGCAAAUAAUAAUCGCCAAAACUUAUAGCAAAAUAAGAUCCCAUUAUUUCUCUUUAAUAUUGAUAUUAAAACUGUAUACAUUUGAUCAAAUAAUAAUGCCAAAUUUCACAAAGAACAGAUAUUACUUUUAAAUAUUGGCUAAAUUAUCUGAUAUAUAUGAUUAAUCGGGUUACUAAAGGCACAUAAAUAUCAGCUUCAAGACAUCUAAAACUACAUACUUAUUUUCAAGGAACUUAUGGGAUUUUGCAAACCUCCAACUCCGCUUCUACAUACCAUUUCUUUUCAAAUCCAGAAUCUACUGAUCCCAUUCCUUCUUAUUCUAGGGGCCUUUACUUUUCUGGAAACCAGCAUUUACAAUCAAACACCAAAAUUUAUCUAAACUACAAAUUUUCAAUUGGAAUCUGGAUCUACCCUAUAGUUGAUGGUGAUAUUAUAGAAAAAUCUCCAAGGCUUAAGCUAAAUUCUAAUGGAGCAGCUGAAAUUAUACUAGAAAAUACCACCCAAGCUAUUUCUAUAGUCAAUACUUUGCCAAUAACCUUCAGGGGCUGGUCAUAUUUAUCUAUUGAAAUUUCUUAUUUACUCGGUUCAACUACAAUAACAACCUAUCUUGAUGCUAUACCUAAAGCUUCAAUUAUGUCUAAAAAUUUAUUAUUUCGAGAUGCAUCAUGUGAAACAUUGUAUAUAGGAAAAAGCAGCUCUUCUGGAUUUAAUGGCUUUAUAUAUUAUUUUACCUUAUGGGACAUUGAUAAUGUUGACUUAGCAGCAAGACUAUCAGAUCCUUGUGGAUCUAGUUUAUCUACAAGCUGUCUUUGGUCAUGUGAUAUAGGCCACUAUUUUGAUGGAAUAACGUAUCAGCCCUGCGAUUCUUGUGAUCUAGGAUGUAGACGGCCUGGCACAUGCAACAUUUGUCAAGAUCCUUUGUGUUCUGUUUGCAUAGGGUUUGAGGAAGGGUCAUGCAUUCAAUGUGUAAUUCAUGCCUGAGGAAUGCCUUGCUCAUGUGAUGAUAACUAUAUGAAAGCAGCAGAUGGAUUUUCUUGCAUCUCGAAGUGCUAUACAGGCUGUGCAAGCUGUGUUUCAGAAUUGUGGUGUCAAUGCUCUUCAUGCUUAGCAGGAUAUUAUUUGUUAGGUCAAGUUUGCACUCCAUCAUGCCCAACAGGAUACACACAAGAUUCUGUCAAUAAUCAGUGCAUUUUAAUUUCAGAAAUGCCCUUUAAUCUCCAACUUCAAAAUCUAAUUCAAUUGGGCACAGUCAAUGGAGUUCAAGUUGGAUCAUCCAGCUCAAAUAUUUAUCCUACUUUUGACAAUGCUGACCCUAUCCCUUCCCUUAACCGCGGCUACUACUUUACCCCUAGCUCUUAUAUGGCCUCAUCUUCUCUCAUUAUGAGCACAUUUUUCACAGUAAGCAUAUGGGUUAAGCCCAUCUCAUUAGGAAAUUUAAUGCUUAAAGUCAAUGGAAAUACUGAGAUUUUUAAAAUUUCUUUCUCAAAUGAUGGCAUGUUUUUAUUGUUUUUAACUUUGCAGGAUACAUCAACUAUUUCAAUCAAUGGAUCCCAAAAUUUAUUCAAUGCUUGGCACUAUCUUGCAAUUACAAGCGAUACUUCGGAUGGAAGAAUGGUCUUUUAUUUAUAUACUGACUACUCUAUUAUAUUUAUUAAUAAUCAUCCUAACAACAAUCCUUUUUUCGACUCAGGGGAUUUAAAGAUUGGAGCAUCAAAUGGCAGCAAUGGAUUUACUGGGUUUUUGUGGAGCUUAAAAGUAUUUAAUUCAAACUCACAUCCUCUUGAUGAUUGAAAAACUCAGGGAUGUGUCGGAGAAUGCUCAAGCUGUCCUUAUGAUCUAAUUUGCCCUGAUAAUUGUGACUUUGGAUCUUAUUAUUCAAAUGGUUGUGCAGCUUGCAGUCCAAUCUGUAGCUCUUAUGGAUGUAGAAGCUUAGAAACUUGUAGAUUGUGCCUCCAAAAGGAAUGCUUAGAAUGCGACUCAUUUGAUGGGUCUUGUACUACCUGCAUUCCUAGAGCAACUCUGGUAAAUGGGGAAUGUACUUGCGAUCCAAAUUUUCCUUGGAAUCAGUGAUCUCAGUCCUGUGGACACUGUGAUUCCUUAUGCACUCAAUGCAGUGGAGAUACUGAUUAUUAUCUAUGCUCUGCUUGCUUGCCUGGCAAAGUAUCGGUAGGAAAUAUUUGCUUGCAUGAAUGUCCUUAUGGUUUUGGCCCUGGCUGUUCUAGUGUGACUGAUAAAGUUAUAAAUCAGCGAUUCAGUGGCAACUUCUCAGGCUCAUAUGGAAUAUUUACAACAGCAACUAGUUCUUCAUCUUAUCAAUUUUGAAACAGCCCAGAAGAUAGCGAUCCUAUCCCUGCAAAGAAUAGAGGGCUCUAUUUUUCAAAUGGAAAAUAUUUAAAAUCAGAUAUUGGGAUUUAUUUUUCUCACAGCUUUACUAUUGGGUUUUGGUAUUAUCAUGAACAAGAGGGUGAUAUUUUUGAAAAGGAAAAUAUAUUAACUAUAUGGUCUGGUGGAAAAGCCGAAAUUGCAUUCGAAAACUUUGGUUACGUAACUACCACUAACUUAAUUGACAACAUAAGUACAUGGACAUAUUUAUCUUUUACAGUAUUUUAUGCUUGAUGAUUUACUUCUGCUACAAUUUAUUAUAACAAUGUUGUAGGAACUCCAAGUAUAAUAAAUAACUACAUUUAUAGAGAGCCUUCAGCUAAGCUUAUUAUUCUUGGAAAGAGCUCUUCAUCUAGUUUUAGAGGAUUCAUUUACAAUUUUAAUCUAUGAAAUAGCCUAAUAAAUGAUUUUUAUUAUGAAAUAUGAGAUGAUGUUUGCGGAUUAGGACUUAGAACUAGCUGCUUAUGGAACUGUAACUUUGCUUAUUAUUUAAUCAAUCCAAGUGAAUGCUAUCAUUGUGAUGGCUGCCCUCUUGGAUGCACCAGAGAGAUUUCAUGUAAUAUUUGUGACGAUAGCCUUUGCAGCAAGUGCUCUGGCUUUGAGCCAGGUUUAUGCGAAUCUUGCAUUUCCCAUGCAUCUGGAUCUCCUUGUGCUUGCGAUUUAGGAUAUUAUUUAUCACCGAAUGGAUUUUCUUGUGAAGCCAGCUGCCCUGCAGGAUAUUUGCCUGACACAAAUUCGCUUUGUAUCGCUUCAGCAAUUGAUAAUUGUAUUAUCGUUGAAAAUAAUAAUGGGCAAAACUGCAAUAAAUGUGCUAAUGGCUAUUUUCUUUCUGAAAAUAGUGAUUCUUGCCAAGUUUGUGAUGCAAGAUGCAGUACAUGCUUAGGGACAUCUACAAACUGCUUAACCUGCAAAGAUCCGGUUCAUAUGAGUGGCUCUUUAUUGCCGGGUCUUUGCAAAUGUGAUGACACUUACUAUUGAGACAUUUCAAAAUCUUUUACUAGUUGCCAGCCUUGUGGCUCAUCUUGUGCUUAUUGCGAAUCUUUCGAUAAUUGCCUCAGCUGCAAAGAUCCAGCUAAAAUGAUUAUUUCAAGCUGACCUGGAGCUUGCAAGUGUAUUGACGAGUAUUACUGAAAUCCUGCAAUUUCUGAUACAGACUGUCAAGCCUGUGACCCAAAAUGCAAAACUUGUGAAAAUUCAAGUGGAAAUUGCCUUUCCUGUAAAGAUUUGGCUAAUAUGAAUGAAUCAAUAUUACCAGGACCUUGCCAAUGCAAUUCAGGAUUUUAUUGAAAUCCCUCUGUCUCUACUACAAAUUGUCAAGCUUGUGAUUCAAAGUGCAAGUAUUGUGCAACUUCUAGUGAAAAUUGCAUUAUCUGCCCAGAUUUGAUUAAUAUGGGUUUUUCAGCUUUUUCUGGUGCUUGUAAGUGCAAUCCUGGGUUUUAUUGGGACUCUGAAGUUUCUACAACCAGCUGCCAGGUCUGCAAUCCAAAAUGCUAUUCUUGUGAAAAUUCAAGUACUAAUUGUCUUGUUUGUAAAGAUACAGAAUAUAUGGAUAUUGAAUUUGACUGUGAGUGCUUGCCUAAUAUGUUCUUUGAUGGAAUAUCAUGCAUGCUAUGUGAUGUGAAUUGUGCUACAUGUUCUGGAUCCAGUACGAAUUGUCUUACAUGCAAAAAUCAAUAUUAUCUGCUAAUUUUCAUAUAGAUUUAAUGGCGAAUGUAGCAACCUGCCCUUUUGGCACAACAGUUCAGACAUUAUGGCCACGGCAAAACUGUAUUCUAAGUCAAGAAUCAAGUGCAGGCUUAGGAAAUUAUAUCUGGGUAGGUUUUGGCUGCUCUCCUGUGGUUGGAAAUGGAGAUGCCCAGCAAACAUCCUUUAGAUCCAAGGACUCAUAAGUAUUUUCUACGAGAAACUGGAAUUUAGGCUAGAUCAUAGGGGAGUAGUCUUUUUCCCGUAGGUGUCGAAGAAAUCCAUUUCGGCAUCCGAUAGACUCCAAAGAGUUGAUCAAUGGAUUCAAGCUACUCAAAUCGACCGUCUCAGGGCCACAGAAGUCAAUAAGCCGCCUUCUCAAGUCUUAAGCUGCAAGGCAAGAAGGAGACAGAUGGUGCCGGAAAUGGCACCUAUUAUUGGGUAUAGACCCUCUGGGCUGAAGUCGAUAAGAGGUUGAAGCCGCAAGGCAAGAAGGAAACUGAAGGUAUUGGAAGUGGAGCCCGUUUUGGGGGAGAGACUCUCGGGAUGGAGCCGAAAAACGGUUGAGCCUAGCGUAUGGGAGGUCUUUGGUGACUGUAUCACAAUUAUGCUAAGCCUGACUUUAAUUAACCUAACCUAAUCUGCUAAUUCCCCAAUUAAUUAGCAAACAAAAACAUUUUAUAGGCCUAUUGAGGGAUUAAAUUUUUAAUAAAUUUUAUUAACAAUUAGAGGAGGGAGUAAGUAAUGGGAACUCUAAUAUUUGUGUUUGUAAGUAAUAUUUAGCUUGUGAAGAUGAUAGUCAAGGCCCACCUUCUGAUGUUUUAUGUGGAAGUCAGACUGAAAAAUUGUGCAGCAACUCAAAAAUUGGCUUUAAUAUAGAGUUCGACAAUGGAACAAUUAUUAUUAAUUUUGCAUCAAAUUUAAAGAAAACUCUACAGAAAAAAAACUUCAUUAUCAAGCUUUCAAAUGGGACGAAUUAUAACACAGAAAAUUGCACUCUUCAGAUGAAAAGCCUUUUUAGUUAUGAAAUCCAUACAAAUUUAACAGAUUGCGAUUUGCCUAUUUUCGUCGAACUUAAGUUUGCUGCUCUGGGCUAA